GGUGAUUAAUUACUGUUUGUGUCCUUGCAGCCUGUGACAGUGGGUGUAGGGGAGACCUGUCAUCUCUACAUCGCAUUUGACCCAGCUUAUAAACUGGAUUUUAAGAGCUGGAAAAUAGAGAAGGUUCUGAAGAUAGACAUGGUCAGGGGCCAUCCUUUUGUGGAGCGUAUCACCCUUCGGGGAGAAGUCCACUUCCCAAGUCUCCGAAUCCAGCCCGGCACCCUGGAGAUUGGCUGCAUCGUGGCUGGCACUGAAGAAGUGCGUUCUCUGAAGAUCACCAACCGCAGCCCACUUCCCGUCGAGUACCACUGGUCAUUCCAUUCGGACAGCCAGGUGAACAAGUUGAGAUAUGAGCCUUACCCACCUAAAUUCAAACCCCAACCACCAAAGGGGAAGAGAACCUAUUUGGGUUGCCUGUCAUCUCAAUGGAGACAGUUCAAGAUUGGAAGGGAGGAGGCAGCCAGAACCCUGAAAGAAUUGCAGGAUUUUAACCAAUCUUUAGGAACAGAGGUGCAAAUACAAGUGCCUGAACCCCCUCGCUUCCCACGAGAGUUGGUGGGAUUCAGGCACUCCGUGGACAUGCCACACACUCCCCUCGAAGUGGAGAAGGCUUUCAGUAUCGUGCCAGUGUCAGGUGUGCUGCAGCCGGGAGAGAGCCAGCAGGUCUCCUUCACCUUCUUUGGCCACCUCAACACCAUCUGCAAUGUCACGGCGCUGUGCCACGUGGAGGGAGGCCCCACCUACGAGGUGGUGGUGACCGGAGAGGCCUCACGUGUCAGCUACUCCCUGAGCUCCCGGGAGAUCGACUGUGGCUCUCAGAUGUUUAAUGAAAUUCAUCACCGCACAGUCACCCUGGCAAACACUGGCAAGCCUGAAUUCAACUGGGUGCUAAAGCCUAGCACUGCCGACCAGCGUCUGCCUGGCGUGUUUCUGGUCAAGCCCACCACUGGCUCCAUUGCACAUGGCGAGAAGCAAGUGCUGAAAUUCUCUUACAUGCCGGGAUUACCAGGAGCCUUCAGCAGGACUUACCAGCUUAAAGUGGGUGACCUGGACCCAGAAAAUAUCUGCCUGAAAGGAGAAGCGUCCUUUCCCAUGAUCAGUGUGAACCUGCCCUGGAACAUCAAAGGAAAUGAAAAAGAUGAGAUCACUAAGAGUCAGACCUCGAAGACUCGGGAUCCGAAGACUCAGGGCCUGAAGCCCCACAUCCCUCGUUCUGGCAUUGUAUCAAACACUCAGCUGCAGAUAGAGAUGAUGAGGAUGCUGAUAAAGAAGCCUUCUCUGGAGCUGCAGAAAAAGCUCCCAUCCCAUGCCCUGAAGAGCAGGUUCCCUGAGAAGGAGCUGUGCCAGCGUCUUGUCAAAGUUAACCUGCUCGAGUAUGUCCUGGACAUGGGCCCUGUCCUGAAGGGUUACACUGAGACACACACUCUGAAGAUCACCAACCCUGGGCAGAUCUAUGUGUCCUUCCAGGUCAAUGUGUCUGUCCUGCGGGACACAGGUUUCAGUGUGGACCUGAACAAGAUGGAGGACCUGCCCCCCAACCACACCGUGGCGUUUGAAGUGCGCUUUGAAAGUGCCCACCAGCCACAGGGUGACGUGGAUGUGCUGCUGCCCAUAAAGGUGACAAAAGGCCCCACGUAUAACAUCCGCCUCCGUGCCACUGUGUCUGAAAUGUCGCUCGACCUCUCCAAGAAGAGACUGCACUUCUCUGACAUCCUUGUUGGGCAGUGCCAGGUCGAGACCAUCCGACUCUACAACUGGUUCCGAGUAGCCUGCAAAUGGUCCAUCGAGCGUGUUCCGAAGAACAAUCACCUCAAAUACAUGACAGUACGUCAGAAGCGGCAGGCGCUGGAGGAUGAGCCCUGUCCCUUUGAAGUGACGCCCUCCAAAGGAACCCUUGGUGCAGGAAAGUGGCAGAACUUGCAAAUCCAGUUUACACCCGAGGCGGAGAGCUCUUACAGGAAUGAGCUGGAGCUUAACAUUUGUGGGAGCAGCAGUCACUUAAAGCUGCACCUCUCAGGAGAAGGUCUGGAGCCACGGUUGGAGUUCAGCCCCCCAGCACUAAAGAUGGGAUGGAUGCUGGUGGACAGUGAUGGGCUGGAGGCCACAGUGGUGGUGAAGAACCCAUGCAACUUCCCCAUUGAGUUUUACUCCCUGGAUUUUGAUGAGCAGUACCUUGAGGAGGAGAAGAUCCUGCGGAUGGCAGUGGGGUCCGAGUAUCAAAAGUGGUUUUUUAUGCCUCCACGUGCCGUGGGUGAGACGCUGCCCCCAGAGGUGCUGGAGGACCAUGAAGCACAGAGGAGGCCGAAGGCUCAACAGGCAGAGCUGAAGGCCAUGGCAGAGGCCAAGGCCAGGGCUGAGGCUGAGGCCAAGGCCAAGGGCAAGGCAGCACCAGCACAUCGCAGGACUCUCACAUUCUGUCCUGAGUCCAUGCUGAAAGUGACUGGCAGUCCCAUCUCUCGGGCUGUCAUGCGCCACCUGGGCAUUGACCCGUCUUCAGAGAGGCGUGAAGCGCAGCAGCACAGAGGGAUUGUUGUCAUCCUCCAUGGGCCACCCCGGACAGGUAUGUCAGCUGCAUCCCAGGGCUGCAGGGAGAGGGGCAAGCAGGAGGAACGCAUCCUGGUGGGCCAUGGUGCUUAA